CUGGAUCCUGGUCCUGCAGUCUCGCUCUCUCUGGAUCCUGGUCCUGCAGUCUCUCUCUCUGGAUCCUGGUCCUCCUCUCUCCGCCCUCUUCUAACUGAAGCCCGGGCAGCUGCGCGUCGGGGCUGGGAUCUAAAACAACCCAGAGGGAUCCCGGGCUCUUCUCUGGAUCAGGACCCGGUACUUUGGGGAAGCUCGCUCUGUGUGUCCCUCCUCCCCUCCUCCUCGUCCUCCUCCUCCUCCUCCUCUUCAUCGCUCCUCUUUUCUCCACCUUAAUCCAGGUGGUCCUUUGGCUUUUUGGAGUGGCUGCUACAGGGAGGAUUACUCUUCUUCUUCUUUCUUGUUUCUGGUGAAGACGAAGCUCCCAGAAGGACACUUUGAUGUUCUCCAUCCAGGACAGCCUCCCCAGGGGGGCCCUGACCAUGAAGGAGGAGCCGCUCCCCACCGGCAUGACCCCGGUCCGCUCCUGGAUGCAGGGCGCAGGGAUUUUGGACGCGAACACAGCGGCCCAGAGCGGCGUGGGUUUAGCCCGAGCUCACUUUGAGAAGCAGCCGCCGUCCAACCUGAGGAAGUCCAACUUCUUCCACUUCGUCCUGGCGCUGUACGACCGGCAGGGCCAGCCCGUCGAGAUCGAGAGGACCUCAUACAUCGACUUUGUGGAGAAAGACAAGGAGUACAACGGAGAGAAGACCAACAAUGGGAUCCACUACAGGCUACAGCUCCUCUACAGCAACGGCAUCAGGACAGAACAGGAUCUUUACGUCCGGCUGAUCGACUCCAUGACCAAACAGCCCAUCCUGUACGAAGGUCAGGACAAGAACCCGGAGAUGUGUCGCGUCCUCCUCACCCACGAGAUCAUGUGCAGUCGGUGUUGUGACAAGAAGAGCUGCGGAAACCGCAACGAGACGCCCUCUGACCCCGUCAUCAUCGACAGAUCUGGAACCUGAGUCUUGGUGAAGUGAGAGACGAAGCUCUCUGGGAGAGACUCACGGUCACGUUUUUAG